AUCUAUCUAUGAAUCUACCUACAAAUCUACCUACAAAUCUACCUACGAACCUAUCUACAAACCUAUCUAUGAAUUUACCUAUGAAUCUACUGAAUAUGAAAGGAAAGUGUUUGAAAACGCUAUAGAGGAAUCAGUUAAUCAAAUUAAAAGGACUCUUCAAGAUGCCUCUUUGGCAACCAAUAUUUUAAAUUUACAAAGAGAAUUAAAAGACCUUUGA